CGGUACCCAUUCUGAUUCGAAAUAACAUCAAUAGGUACCUAGAUGGGUAAGGGGAGAUUGUCUAAGACUUCUAACAGAUUUAGUUUUCUUUUUCUCAUUUUCUUAUCCAAUCAUUUAUUUUCAUACAUUUCGAAUUCUUUUCGAGCCCUGUAGUCUCUUAGAACUCACUUAUCUUAGUCUGUCGUCAAUCUCCAGUUCCCAACAUGAGCGACACUACUAUCAAGGUUACCCCUGAUGACGCACCGUUCCCACUGACGGACGUAGACAGAUGGGUUCUGUCGUUGACCGACGAAGAAUACCAUUAUCAUGACUGGGAAGAAAUGAAACAGAUCAUAGGCGAGAAUAAUCUUUCAGUUCUGAAGCGAAAACCUUCCGAUUUGCGACGUUAUAUGAAGUGGACUGCCGAGACGAAGGUAGAAUAUGGAUCCAUGACGAACUACCUCAUAAAAAACCGGCUACCACAAACUUGGGGCUCACCCCCUUUCACGCCAACAUCAACUAUCCCUUUUGAUGAUCCAUCUGAUUAUAGAGUCCUAAUCAACGAUUGGCCUUAUGGUUUAACAUCAAACAUGACCCACAUAGUCGUAUGGUCAAGAACAGUAAUUGAGACAGAUCCCGAGACCGGAGAUAUGACACCAGAAAGUCGUCGCACCGUCAUGAAUUUCGUGAGGGAGUUCUUUAUUGAUAAGCUAGGCCUGGAUGGAGAUGACAGAGUCCUGUGGUUUAAAAAUUGGGUUGCAUUGCAAAGCGUGAGAGCAUUGGAGCAUAUUCAUGUCAUCGUCAAAAAUGUCGAGAAGCCUCUCCUAGACGAGUGGACCAGGGAGCUCGAUUGUCACAGAUUGCCGAACUAGGUUAUAGUGACAUAGGUAUAGGUAGACACAACGUGACCAUAGACUGAAACGUUGU